AAACGUGUUUAAACUACAGUUAGAGUUAUGGAGCUCAUAUGUGGAAUUAUUAUAUUAACAAUUUUGGGGAAUGCUAUAGGCGGCAGCCCAACUCAAUAUGCCGAUGUCGCCGUUGAUGAACGUUUACCAUCGAAAGAUUUUGUGAUAUUUACAGAUGGAGGACCCGUACCAAAUUAUCUUUUAGAAAGUUCCUAUAAGAUAGUGCCUCUUCGUCGUAUGGAUAACAAUCGCCGCACUUCUAGACGCAGUACGCAGACCACAUCAUCCCGAUCAGAAAGAGUUGUAACUGCUCAAAGACGAGGAUCACCUGUUAAAGUAGAUGAGAGAUCUGCUACCCAAAUGCAGACCAGGCUAGGCAUUAGAAGACCGACACUGCGACAAUCCCCUAGAUCUUUCAGGCGUGAAGAUGUUGAGGGAUCUAGUAAACCAAUUCUAGGCAGAUAUGUGCAACGUGUUAAAUCUCCAGAAGGUCCAGUUGCAAUCCCUAUAGAUGAUCCUAAAAAAGGUAAUGCACUUUCAUCCACAAAAGAUCAGAAUGAGGCACUUGCCAUGAAAACAUCUCAGCCCUCACCUAAUACUGUAAGUGACAAUACUCAGUCUAAAUCAGAAAGUUAUAUCCCGAACUCUGACAAUUCAGUAGAUGGAUUAGACGGGUUACCAGCACGAUCGCGAAGUGGUAGGACAUUUGUUGUGCCUCAACGCGCUGAAGAAAUUCCAAAUGUUGUGUAUGAAAUACCAGCAGCCAUACCUGUUGCAGGACCGGCCAUUCUAAUCAACGAUCCUAAACCAUACGCUUUCGGUUAUGGAGUUAACGAUGGAAUUGGAACAACUCAGUAUAGGCAAGAAGCUACAGCUGGUGAUGGAAUAGUGAAAGGCAACUACGGCUAUAAAGACUAUCAAGGUCUUUAUCGUCAGGUUAACUAUGUUGCCGAUAAGAACGGUUUUCAUGCUGUUUUAAUGUCGAAUGAACCAGGAGUUGUGAAUGCUGAUACAGCAGAUGUAGCUGUUAUCGCUGAACCUCCUCCACCAGCAGCUAUUGUAGAAGCAAACAAGUAUAUUUUUUCAAACGGCAAUCCUAAUGAAGUAAUUCUGUUGCAGUAAUCUGAAUUUCAGUUAGUGCAAGUUGGAUCAGGCUUAAUUUAUUGAUACAUGACUUCAUUUCUUGUUAUGGAGUCUGACUAGUGUAAUAUUGUUGGUAUUAAACAAACCUUGUAAACAACAGUGUAAUACUGUUGAUAUUUUAACCUAAAAUUAAAAAACAGUUAUAAGAUUUAAAA